AUGUUGGGGACCACAGCAGAUCAGCUGUUUCCUCCUCCACCCCCGUGUGAGCAGCUGGCUGCGUCCGGCCCCACCGCACCCGGCUGGGAGGAGAGCGGAGCCCCCACUGUACCCCCCGGAUCUGUGGGGGGGCCCCCCAGGAGCUGCCGGAGGAGCAGAGCGAACGUGACUCUGGAUCCAGACACGGCCCAUCCCAUCCUCCUCGUGUCUGAGGACAGGAAAAGUGUGAGACGAGCAGACACGUUGCAGGACCUGCCUGACACGCCGGAGAGAUUCGACACAAGUCACUGUGUGCUGGGCUCUGAGGGGUUCACCUCGGGGCGACAUUACUGGGAGGUGGAGGUGGGGAAUGGGAAGUACUGGGCUGUGGGGGUGGCCAGAGAGUCUGUGAGGAGGAAGGGACGGAUCAGCCCUCGCCCUGAGGAGGGGAUCUGGGCUAUGGGGAUACACGGGUGUAGGGGACAGUGUAAUGUAUACUAUGGUUUCUCCACCACUGGCAUCCGUUUGAUCUCGAGUGAGACCAUACAGAGGAUAGGGGUUUCCCUAUAUUACGAAGUGGGGGAGGUGGCAUUUUUGGAUGCUGAUUGGAAGUCCCUGUUGUUCUCCCUCCCUCCGGCCUCUUUCCAUGGGGAGAGGGUCCUCCCUUACUUCUGGGUGCAAGGAUCCCUGCUCAGACAGUGUUCUUGAGACAAGGGGGUGGGGAGACGGAGAGUGUCCCCCUGGGAAUGAGAAAACGGGUUUCUCUAGCCUCCGACAUCCCAACCCCCGUGGCCCCGGAGGGCUCCCAUCUCUCCGAGCCCCUGGACCUCUCCUCUCCCCGAAGGAGCAAUGCUCAGCGUGCCCAUAAAGAGCCAGCUGGGACCUGGCCAGAGAAUCUUAUCACAGCGGCUGUCCCCCGGCCCGUUUCCCACUGUGCUUGGUGCCUCUGGAGGCUGCCCAGGCUUGGAACCAGCACCCCAGUCGGUCCAGCGCUGCCCAGGAGCGGCCACACCUGGCACGGGGCCCCCCUUAAAUCUUUGGGCCACGGAGCCCCUGGCUGGGUGACUUCUGUGGGGGAGGAGUUUGGGGGUUGGAGGCAGAGUUUUGUAAGGGGCUGCCAGAGGGCCAGCUGCUGGGUUUCUGUGAUGGGAUUUUCCAAUGCACCCAAAUCCCCUUGUAAUUCCCUGCGUGGGGUCCCUCCCUGCGACUCUGUUGGAAAUCCCAGCUGGGCAGUGUGAGCUCUUCUCCGCGUUCAGAGCAAGCUGGAUAAAGAUCACACCGUACGACAUCCUUGGGUUUUAUGCCAUUGGCGGCUGGCUCGUUAACCUCCUGCUCGCUCACCAAACCCUCCUUGCCAUGGGGCUUCGUGGGGCUGGAUGGCCACGGUUUAGCCGAUGCCUUUUCAGUGGCAACGGGCCCUUGUGCCUGGCUACUAACCACCCCGUGGCAUCUCCAGGAGAAGGAGGGGGCCUGAUUCUUAGUCACACAAAUGCCUCUGACACCACUUGGGCAGGGCAAAACGUCCUUUACUGUAUUAGAAUGUAAGAACGGCCGUACCAGGUCA